UCCGGAAGCUGAGUGAGCCAGGCACAGAGAUGUAUUAAUGUAAGCACCUUUAAAGACAGCUAAAUAAACUGAGCUCCGUGAUAGUGUCUCGGAAAUUAUACAGAGCUUUUUAAAAAAAAAAAAAAAAAAAACUUUAGUUUCUCAUUUUUGAAGGACAACAGUGUUGUUUUUCGAUACAAUUAUUAAACGCGGUGUGUUUAGCCAUUAAACCCGAGCCACAUUCCUCGGUUUGUUGGAAAAUAAACAAACGCGAUGCUAACGGCUAAUGGACUGUAGAUAACAAGCAACGCGGCGCGAGCCUGACUGAAGAUUAUGAAGACUGAUUCAGACUGAAGUUUAAACUAUGGAGCUGUACUGGUACAUAGUUGUCAUAAUAUUUAUUAUGAUAAAGAUCUUCUUCUACGUCUGCUGGUACCGCUCAAGACAGAGGCAGCUGGCCGCGUAUCUCAGUAAUCCACGCAAUGCCCAGAUCGUUAUUGUGGGAGGAAGAGCGUACCUGCAUCAGAUGUGCGAGAACCAAAAUACAUCAAUCUGGUCGAAUUGGUACGGCGUUCAGGAUGAAGGCUCCGUAGGUGAGCCAUCCGUUUCUCUUCCUCCAUCUUCAUCCCUGUCUCAUCUGGACUUACCCCCUCCAUACGAAGCUGUUUCUGGAGCAGAAGACCUGAAGCCUCCUCCGUACAGCGAGUUUGCUCAGAACGAUGACACGGACACGUCUCAGAGCAUCGCAAUCCCAGAGGGCAACAAUUCAAGCAUCAGCGAUGACCCACCUCCAUACACCCCCACUGCCAAUCAGCACACCAGCGUUCAGUGCCAAGCGGAGCCUGAGGGGAGAUCCAGCUAGUCUCUUCCAAUGUCCUUUCUCAGUUUUGUUCACAGCAAGGGCUGUACUUCUCCUCCAUGCAGUUGCUCAGCAUUUAGUUAGGAAUUUGUAUUCUGUUGUUGUGAAGUAACUCUUAAUAAGGGUGCACGAGGUUGAUUCUAAACAUCCUAAAAGAUUAGGGGAAUUUGGUGGUUAAAAGAAAACAAAUGUGGCCUAAUAGUGUUCGCUUCUAGAAAGAUGGUGAGCUGCUUCGGUGUUAAUGGGUGCUUUAAGCUCACUCAUGCCUUAUUUUCAUUUCCUCUUAUAUAACCAGCAUCAUGAUGAUGACACACUCAUGUACCAUAUUUUCUAGACAAUAAGGCACCCUGGGUACAAGUGUGAAUUCACCCUGCUUCGAGCAAACAUUUUUAUUUAUAUAUACACUGCUUUGCUGUGUAAAUCACUGUAAUGUAUCCAUCUACUUAUUUUACCUCCAGUAUAAUGUUCUUGUAAAGCAGCACUUAAGCGCACCCUAGUGGUAUAGCCUUGUUUUUGUUGCUGAAAAGGUUAUUACAUGUUUUCUUUUGCUUGUAGACAGAAAUCUCUUUAUUUACUUGAUGAGGAUCUUUGGUUGUUGUAAGCACUUCUACUAUGAUGCUGAUUUUCAGCUAUCUGUCCAUCAGCACUGGAAGCAUCAAGGUAAUGGUGUACCAUGCAACACCUGCCAUGAAUCAAACCCAUCAAUGUACAAGAUACAGCAUAUACAUCUGAUAGUCUGGAAAAUAUGAUUACACACACCACUGUAUUGAUUGUGUCUAAUACGCAUUUCAGAUUUCCGACGUUCGGGGCGUGUCGCUACAAAAUGAGUCCAGUGUCGCAAGAGUUUGUUCUGAGAGAGUGGUUUGAAACGAGGGUGCAUCAGAAAAAUUACUUGCAUAUUUUUCUAAUUUUGCCAUAAAUACAUUCCUUAAUCUAUAAUGUAUGUCACCAAAAUAUUAUACUGUAAAACAGCAUAUAACCAUGACAGAAGAAGAAGAAACCUUUGUCACAUGCACACUUCAAGCACAGUGAAAUUCAUCCUCUGCAUUUAACCCAUCUGAAGCAGUGAAUGCGCGCGCGCACACCCAGAGCACCCGGGGAGCAGUCAGGGGUUCAGUACCUUGCUCAAGGGCACUUCAGCCCAAGGCUGCCCCACGUUAACCUAACUGCAUGUCUUUGUAUUGUGGGGGAAACCCACACAGACACGGGGAGAACAUGCAAACUCCACACAGAAAGGCCCUCGCCGGCCGCUGGGUUCGAACCCGGAACCUUCUUGCUGUGAGGCGACAGUGCUAACCACUACACCACCGUAGUUUUCCAAACUUGAUUUUCUGUUAGGAUGAUGCCUAAAUAUUUUCGCCAAGUUCUCCAGAUUGGCUGCGUCAGAUUUAACAAAUGACCACUUGGUUUAAAGAUAAGUAGCUAUAUAUUUUGAAUAUCCAAUAAAACAAAUUUUUUUCUUUUCUUUUUUUUUUAAUAAACUGGACUCAUUUUGUGCCGACACGCCUCAUCUAUAGGUCUGAUGACUGCUUUAGUGCAGGGGUGGACAAAUGAUAUAUUCGUUAGCUAGCCUUCCUGGCAAGUAGAAGCUCCAGUGUUGCCCAGAUUCAUAUUUAGGUUGCCCAGAAACCUAAUUUACUUGGCCAAAAAUGGUAGGUAAUAUAAUUUAAUAACAUGGGUAGCUAGUUGGCUAGUUAAGCUCAUUAAUACAGAAUAAAGUAAAUGAAACGUGACACAGGGGGUCCUAAUCAUCAUCGAUAAAGUUUUAAUGGAUUAAAAGUCACCAAGUUAUUGGUAAAUAUCUCGCGUAUGAAGGACAACAUUCUGGCCUCAAAUCACAGAAUAAAUAUUAUUUGAGGUUGGAUAGCAUUUUUUUUCUUUUCAAAUAAAGUUUGUUCAACUGUGCAUGCUGUGCGUACAGGACAGUUACACAACAGCUUUGCACAGGAGGUUAUUUUGCUUUGUUUCAUCAGUGUUCUUUCUGUCACGUUUUCCUGAUUCGGAAAAAAGAUCGGUCAUCUGUAAACCACGUCGGGGAGCAUUCUACCGACAGCCAGCCAGAUGUGUGUAGUGCAGCAGGCGGUGGCAUUUGGAAGCAUGUGCUGUAGUUACUGCAUCGUGGUGCAUGGCAUCAUCCCAUUACUUUUAAACUCAAAGGUUGGUAAGGAGUACGGUUUAUUCCGCUUUCUCGGGUUGUCGAACCUACUUGUUAAACUGCUGGGCGGCUAUAAAAAAAUAAAUAAAAUUAAUAGCCUGACCGUGAAAUCUACUAUUCCUGGACUCCUGAUUUGUCCACCCCUGUAGUGUAUUCACCUUAAAUUAAGUGUACAUAAGUGUGUAGAUUGACUGACUGACUGACUGACUAGUGCCAUGUUAGAAGCAGAUUUUCCAGAUGUAGUCACGUUGCUAAACGUUUGUUCUUGUCUGUAUAAAUGCCCAAAGUGAGAGAGGAUUCUGUGCAGAGGGUUAACCUCAUGUUUAUGCAUAACCUCGCUUUGUAUGUGAUGACAAUUUCCUAAGCACUUUUCUGUCUUGUAAUUGCCUUACUUCUGUCUGUGGGAACUGUAAGUAGGCAUGUGCCGAUAAUCAGGUGUGCAGUAUAGCUCAAUAUUCAAGUCAAUAUUGUUAUCAUGGACACUUAAAGUUAUCAGAACCAUCUUCACAUUGCAUUCAUGAGGAAUUAAGUUUGUCUCAUUCAGAAGGCUGGGUCCUUUCCCCCGCAUCCUUCAUAUCACAAAUGAGACACGUUUCCUUUUCAGUUAAAAUGCUGCUAUGCUUGUGAGAACAGGUCCAGAUAAACAUUUUAUUUUCUUAACUUGAUGAUCAUGAUGUUAUUGUAACCGUGAUAUGACAAUGUAAUAUCGGCACACGCCUAUUUGUAAGUGGCGAACAUAAUUAACUAUCAUCGGAGUCCGCAUGGCAAUGAUGAUGUGUGUAAAUGCGGAGAGUAUGACCAUCGUACUCUUUGGCUUAUCAGGUGACCAUAAUGAUUUUAUGCAUUUACGCAACACAGUAAUGAACUCGCCUUCUGUAUGAUUUUUUUCUGUGUGUUUGGUAGUAGAUGUUCAUAUUAAUGUUAAUGUGUUUUGAAGGAUGUAUGACUGACGGUGCAAGUUGUCAAAUGUAUCAGGUUAACAUACACUUACUGGCCAAUUUAUUAGAUGCACCUUCUUUAUUGGUUGUGCAGAGCAUUACAGUCCGUAUUUAUACACCUGUAAAGUGACCUGUAUGGUUGGGGAGUCUGGUAAAAUGGUCAAUAAGUAAGCUACCAUGUAAUAAACUGGCAACUCAGUGUAAUGGGAUCAAUACUUUUUUUAUUAUUAAAGCAUCUUGGUAAAAUAA